AUGUCAGCCUCUCACAGGUUCUUGAAUUUUCAGAAGUGUCCUCACGUCGGCUUGGUGGGAGGUGGGAGUUUUCUUGACUGUUCUUCUCAGGAAAUAUCAUUUGAGACAUUGUGGGGUGCCAAGAAUGAUCCAGUGAGUGCGGCCUUUACUCUGGAGCGCACAGAAGGGUCGUCGGCGCCCCUAGCGUGUCGGACGGUGGCCCAACAGAAGGGAUCCUCCACACACCGUCAAGUCAUCAGAAUAAAUACUGACUUCCCUUAUGCCCCUGUCACAGCCUCUCCAGCACAUGUAGCUCCCCGGACAUCUACAGUGACAUCUAGUAGUGGGUGUUCAUCUCUGGUGGAGCUGACUCCCGAGCCAGGUGCCUUCCGUCUACCUCAGCGUCUCCGCUGGGAACUCUGUCGUUGUCUCGACCCGCCUAAUGCACGAGGCAACGACUGGCGAAUGUUAGCUGCGAGACUUAAUGUUGAUAGAAUGAUCCAUACCAGGGUGUGCAACACCUGGUACAUCGUGAACUAGCUGUAAGGCUACAUUCACUAGUGACGAAUUACUAACUGGUAUACCCUUCUACUUGGAGUACCCAACUCGGCUGUGCAAUACAGUAAUUUGUGGUUCACGAGUCAUUGAUGGGUGCUGGUGGCUUCAGUCAGGAUAAGAUCUUCCUGGAGCAGGAAUCGAAUCACACCAGACCACAUGGGAUCUGUUCUUUUAGCAUUCUUUAUGUUCUCUGCACUAAAUGGAGGGUCUGCCAUUACUACACCAACAUGGUGCAAUAGAGCAUCUGUAACUACAUUUGACUUGCCAGGUAAGUGUUCAAAGGUAGGAUUGAACUCUUG